AUGGAAGACUCUCCAGAACUAACUUCCCGUAAGGGUUCGGUAGGCAAUAUCGAAAACACCUCUCGCUUUUCUGAAAUCACCGUCGACGACAAACCAACCGGUCGAUAUACCCCCGAUAUCCUCGCUGGCGUCUAUCGAGGUAUUCGAAAACUACCGUCUGUCAAGCUCUCACGAAGCCCCUCGCGACUGAAUUUAAAGAGCUCGUCGAAUAGUCUGCACUCUGCGCAUUCCUCUACUUCAAGUGUUCCGCCACCAAUCGAGACUCAAAAUCCUCAGCAUGUUAGAAACUUGACGCUUCAAUACAGCCUAGCGAAACCUCUACCGAAGUCGCCUCCUUGCCGAGAUUCGAUAUCCCCGCACGACUCGAAUUCCCCCAAUCUACCUAGUGUGCCAGAAGGGGAGAUCACAGAUUUGUGUUUCCCCGACCCAUCUCCCUCAACAUCACCUUUACCAACACCACCACCGAAGCCAGAAGGGUACAGCUACCUCGAUAGCCGACCGAGCACUAUGGAAUCUGCCUCUGCUGCGCAAUCGCAGCACCCGUACGGCGGCCAUGAAACCAACAAUAGCAUGAGCAGCAUGUCAAGUGCCAGAUAUGACUCUCAGGAUCCGAACAACGACCUAAAGCCUAGGAGUACCUCAACUUCAGCUGGGCCAUCGCCAAAUGUCGCGCAACGCCCAGCCCAACCCGUGGGUGGACCUUCCAGUAGCGGACCUUCCACGCAUUUAUCUGGCCUCAUGUGCAAUGUUCACCGAACGACCGGACGCGAACCCCAUGCGCUUGUUGGAGCCACGACCACCAUCUUAGGAGACAAGCUCUAUGUUUUUGGAGGAAGGAUUCUGUCUAGGAGUCGUCCUGCUCCGCUGACAUCAGACAUGUACGAGCUGGACCUUAUUCGACGACACUGGACGAAAUUGGAAACGACAGGCGACAUUCCCCCUCCGAGAUACUUCCAUUCCAUGUGCGCACUAGGCGAUACUAAGAUGGUUUGCUACGGAGGCAUGUCACCUGCUCCAAAUCAACCUCCUGGUGCCGAUGCGCAGCAGCCUGAAAUCACUGUCAUGUCCGACAUUUACAUUUACGACGUCAACACCAAGGCCUGGACUUUUAUCCCGACGCAGGACCCCCCACAGGGCCGAUACGCCCACUGUGCCUGCAUCUUACCCUCUGCCGCCUCAUUCUCUUCGCAUCGCGCACCUCUUUCAGCCUUACAACAUAAUCCUUCGACCGGCAAUAAUGAGGGACGAAUCGGCAUUAAUAUUGACGGCUCUGGAGGUGCUGAAAUGGUGAUUGUUGGUGGGCAAGACGGCAGAAACAACUACAUUGAACAAAUCAGCGUUUUCAACUUGCGAAGUCUCAAAUGGACGUCGACACAGCCUCUGAACAAGAGCUGGGGCGCGUAUAGGAGCGUCACUGCCCCUCUGCCUCCUUCAGUGGCUUCCAAGCUCGGCCGACAACAGCAGUCAAACGGAAUGCGCCAAGAUGGAGGUAUCAGCCAGGAAGCGCGCGAACCAGGCGCAUCGAUGCUGAUUUACUGCAAUUAUAAUUUCUUGGACGUUAAGCUGGAGCUACAAAUUCGGUCACCGGAUGGUACUCUCACAGAGAGACCCAUGUCUGGUAACUACUCACCACCCGGACUUAGAUUCCCGAACGGUGGAGUUAUCGAUACGCAUUUUGUUGUUAGCGGAACUUAUCUCACUUCAUCUCGACAAGAGUACGCGCUUUGGGCUCUCGACUUGCGCACAUUGACGUGGAGCCGUAUCGAUGCUGGAGGAAGCGUAUUCAGCCAGGGCAGCUGGAAUCGUGGAGUUUUGUGGAACCGACGAAACACUUUUGUGAUCCUGGGCAACCGGAAAAGAAGUCUCGUCGAUGACUAUAAUCAUCGACGUAUCAACUUUUCUAAUGUGUGCAUGGUUGAGCUCGAGGCAUUUGGCUUUUACGACAAUCCCCGGAAGACAAGCCCUCUUUCCGGUUUCAUUUCAGCCAGCAGCCCCUACGCUGGGCCUGGCUUGAGCUUGGCGCGCAAAGCUGGGUGCACAGCGGGUGGCCGAUAUCAUUCAAGGGCGAGCGAGGAGCUUGGAGAGAAAGCGUUCGCUAUACGGGAACUCGCAGAUAUGGAUAUUCUUUGCAUUGGAGGCGAGCGAAUCCCUGUCAAUUCAAGAAUCGUUGGACGACGAUGGGGUCCUUACUUCGUGCAACUGCUCCGCGAGGGAACAGCGACACAAGACGGGAGUGAUGCGGUAACUCUUCGGUCAGGUCUUUCCAGCAAUCCCUUACGCGCAUCAGCCAUAACCAUCACACCCAACACGAGAGGCGCAGAUAGUUCAUCAAUGAUGAGCAUCAUGGGCUCAUCCUUGGGCUCUUCUGGCAUUCCACCAAGCACUGCUGCUUCAAGUAUCUCAACGGGCGCCAUGGGUCACGAAGCAAACCCAUCGAACAUCAAUGCGGCACCUACGCCUCACUCAUUACCACCAAACUCACGGCCACGAUGCCUUUACCUUCCUCACACUUACCUUACCAUCCAGGCAUUGCUCCACUUCCUUUACACAAGCUCUUUGCCCCCACCGACGUCGCCUCUUUGCACACCUCAGAUUCUCUGCUCGCUUUUGCAAAUUGCUCGACCCUACCGCAUUGAUGGACUACUAGAAGCUGUAGUUGAGCGACUCCACUCAUUACUCGACAGCCGAAAUGCCGCCGCUGUGUUCAAUGCGACAGCCAUGGCGGCUGGUGGCGGCCGAGGUAUUGAUGGAUCUCUCAACCCCAAUUUCUUUGUCGGAACCCUGGACCCUGUUGGCUCGCCUACAGCCACAUCCGACUUUUCCUUGGGUCAAACUGGUGGCGACGGCUACUCGUCGGAUCUGGCGACUCGAACUGAGGGUCUAUCACUCAACACGAAUGUACAACAAUUCAACCGACCUUCCAGUGACGAAUUGUCUGCGACGACUAGUCAGAGCGGAUCGGAAUGGAGCUCAUCCGAGAUUGGAGGCAGUGAGCGCGACAACUAUGUAUGGAACGGCGAGCUCAGCAGUGUGAUUGGAUUGCAGAAGCGAGGACUGCGCGGGCUCAUGGAGGGCCGAAGGAUGAGGGAACGAACUGGUACAGCGCCUGGAGGAAAUGGCACGAGUCAAAGCUACCAGGGCGGCCAAGGCCAACAACGUGUUGGUUUGGGUAUAGCAGGAUCAUGA